AUGGAAGCAAAACCCAAAACACCAUUUUCCCCUAAAGGAGGAAACAAGUUGAAAAAGAAAGGGAAGGAUUCUCCUGGAACAGCACCUGGCGGUAGGCCAAAUGGUAAAAAGCCCUUCAAACCUUACAACAAGAAGGACACAAAAGGUAAAAUGGGGAAGAGUGGAGAUAACGCCAAGAAGAAACCUGCCUUUGUUAAAGGUGGAAAAGGACCAAAAAGAAAACUACCCAUUGACAAAAUGGAUGGAAACGAUAAAGAAGUUGGAGUUCCCCAGGCAAAGAAGCUCAAAAAAGGUGAAAUUACACCUAAAAAGAAGAAGCAGGGAGCGCAUCAGAUAGAUGAAGAGCUGAAGAAAAACAGGCUGCAGAAGAAGAAAGACCUGAAGAAGAGCAGACAACAAGCAGAUCGAAAGGAUAUGUACCAGAUCAUCAAUCAGGCCAAACAACUGUGGGGAGACCUAAGAACGAAGAAAUGUGACAGUGAUUUGAAAAGGAAGCUAAUGAAGGAUCUUCAUGACCUGAUUAGAGGGAAGUAUAAACAGAUGGCGUAUGCUCACGACUCUGUACGAGUGCUGCAGUGUUUUAUCCAGUGGGGUAGUCACGAGCAGAGACAAGAAGUGUUUGAUGAACUUAAAGAUGAUGUCAUUGAUUUAUGUAAAUCACAGUAUGGCAAACACGUGGUGAAGAAGUUACUGAUGUAUGGGAACAAGGAACUGGUAGCGGCUGUGAUGCAAACCUUUAAAGGUAACGUGCGACCACUGCUUCGCCACGCUGCCGCUUCCGCAAUCAUUGAGUACGCCUACAACGACAAAGCUGUGCUUGCACAGAGACUCAUGCUAACUGAGGAACUGUAUGGCAAUGCCUUCACCAUCUGCAAGACAUCGAUUUGCAACACCAUCGAGAAGGUGGCAGAGGCUAACCCUGACAAGCUGAACCAAAUCAUCACUGAUAUGAAGCAAAUUCUUACCCCAAUGGCACAGAAAGAGCAGGUCAUCAAACACUCUCUAGUCCACAAAGUCUUCCUGGACUUCUUCCUCUUAAGUACUGAUAAACAACGAGCGGAGAUGAUUGAGUCAAUAAGGGAGUCCGUUGUCUACAUGGCUCACACCCACGAUGGAGCUCGAGUGGCCAUGCACUGUCUGUGGCAUGGUACUGCUAAGGACCGAAAAGUCAUCAUCAAAACAAUGAAGACAUACAUGGUGAAGUUUGCUACGGGGGAGUUUGGUCAUCUGGUUCUUCUCGCCAUAUUUGACUGCGUGGAUGACACCAAACUGGUCAAACAGGCUGUGUUAUCCGAGCUCAUGUCCUCUUUGGAAGAAGUCAUCAGUAACAAAUACGGCAAGAAAGUUCUGUUGUACUUGCUCAGCCCAAGAGACCCUGCUCACCUGCUGCCUGAAAUCAUUAAGGUGCUGGAAAGCGGAGAUGGCAACACACACAGUAAAAAGGACACAGCUCUCCGAAGAAAGGAGCUCCUGGAGGUCGUUUCCCCGCCGCUGCUCGAUUAUCUCCGAGACAAUGCUGCCGCCAUGGUCAUGGACAAGGCCACCAGCGUGACGGUUAGUGACAUCCUUGCAUCAGCCUGCGGUGACUUGCGGCCCGCCAUGGUAGCUGUAGCUCAGCUGGCCAAUCAGGAGCUGGUACCAGGAGGUGUCCAAGGACAGCUCCACAUGGCGGAACAUCCUGCUGGACACUUGGUGCUCAAAUGGCUCAUAGAACAGGAUGUCAGUCUGAUCGAAGCUGGGAAAGAAGAGCGCUUUUCAAGGAUCUUGGUGGACACUGUUGGGAUGGAAAAUCUGAGGAGUUGGAGCAAAGUCAACAGAGGAGCCAUGGUGCUUUGCAGCCUCCUGAACAGUUGUGACAAGUCUGUUGUGGCAGACGUGAAGACAGCUCUGCAGGACUUUGAUCUUGAUGGUGCAAACAGCAGCAAGGGUGCUGAAAUCCUGCUGGAAAACUUGAGAAAAUAG